AUGAAUUAUUUACAACUUAAUUCAAGAAAUUCAUUAUCAACACAAAAUUUAUUAAAUAAAAAUUUUAACUCUACUAAUUCUAAUAUAAAUAAUAAUUUUAAUGAUCCAAAUCAAUUUUUAAUUAGAUUACCUGUAAUUAGAUAUUAUGGUACUGCAUUAAACUAUGAACUUUCUGUUAUGUCUAACAAUAUAUCAUUAUCAUUUAAUACUCUUCAAUCAGAGUAUAGUAAUAAUUUAAAUCAAAAUACAGCAUUAGCAUUAUAUUAUUAUUAUUUACAAAAUUCUAAUAUAUUACAAAAUGUUAAUUAUAAUUUAGAAAAUUUUAUUGAUAAUAAUAAUACUAUACAAAGGCAAUUUGAAAAUUCAAUAUCAAAAUUUUUUUUUCUUCCUAAUUUUUCAUCAUCAUUGAUGGAUGACAAAGAAACUUCUAUUACAAAUUCAUGCAUAAAAUUAUCUGAUUUUUUUAUAAAAAAAGAAAAAAAUUGUACAGAGGUAAAGGAGGAUAAAUUAUUAACAAAAAUGAAUGAUUCUGCUGAUCUUUUAUUACAUAAUUUAAAAUAUCCUUUAUCAUAUAAAUCUUUUUCAUCAUAUCAACCAUUUUUGAUGGAUCAAAAAAUAUCACAUAUGAAAAAUAGUAAAUCUAUAUUAAAAGUUUCAUCAUCACCAAUAAAAGAAAAUACUUACAAUGAUUCAAUUAUUUUGUCAACAAUUAAGAAAUUUGGUUGGGUAAAACAUUAUGGUAUUGAUAUUGAUAAUUUAUAUCAAUUUAGUAAAAAUAAUUGUCUUGAAAAAACUGAUAAUUGUAAUAUUUUUCAUUCAUCAAAAAAAUAUAUUAUUAAAAAUGAAAUUGAUCAUAAUACUUUUGUAUGCGCUAUUUGUAGUGAUAAAUCAUCCGGUCUUCAUUAUGGCAUAUAUACUUGUGAAGGUUGCAAAGGCUUCUUCAAACGCACUGUUCAAAACAAACGCGUAUACUCUUGUGUCAGUGGCAGCGGAUGCUGUCCAAUGACUAAAGAACAAAGAAAUCGUUGUCAAUAUUGUAGAUUUAAAAAGUGUCUUAAACAAGGAAUGGUUUUAGAAGCAGUGCGAGAAGACAGAAUGCCUGGGGGUCGUAAUGGAAGUGCGAUCUACAAUUUAUAUAAAUUAAAAUAUCGAAAAAAUAAACGUAGUAAUGGUAGUGAAAUGAAGGAUGAUAAUAAUAAAAACAAAUGUUUAUUAAAUGUAAAUAAUUGUGAUGAAGAUGAUGGUAGUAGAUUACCUAGAAAAUGGUCACGCCAAGAAGUACCAAAUAUUUGUUCUCCUUCACAAUCUAGUAGUUCUAUUAGUUCAAUAAGUUCUUCUGAAAUAACAAAAAAUUUACCAGCUGCACCAAGUAUUGAAAGUGUUUGUGAUCCUGAAAGUAUUGAAAGAUUCAAAGCAACACCAACACCAAGAAAUUUAAUUCAUGAAAUGAUUGAAAUUGAUAGAUUAGAUUCAUUAAUAAAUCUUAAAGGAUUACGUGUAGCAAGUAAUAAUGCUUUGUUAAAUCAUGAAGAAGAACCAAUACCAGCAUGUCAAAGAUUAUCACGUAUUGGUGAUGAAAUUGUAGAACAACUUGUUGAAUGGACAAAAAUGUUACCAUUUUAUAAUGAUUUACCUGUAGAAAUACAUACACAUUUACUAACACAACGUUGGGCCGAAUUAGUAUUAUUAUCAGCUUGCUAUUAUGCUAUUUCAAAUUGUUCUCCUAUAAAUGAAAGUAAUGUACAAUCAACAGUUAAUAAAAAAGAAAAUCACAAUUAUAUAUCUCAUUCACCAUUGUCACAUUCAUCUUCAUCUUCAGUUUUUUCAGAAGAUGAUAUUUCAUUGACUAAUUUUAAUAGUCAUGUACCACAAUCAGUAAAUGGAUUAACAGAAGGUCAUGAUGAAAUUUCUUUUUCAGAUCCAUCAAUUAAUUUAAUUUUACUACAAAAAAGAUUAUCAUUAAUAAUGCAUAAAGAUAUUCCAAUGGAACAUGUAUUAACUGAGGCUGGACCACUUGUUGAAAAAUUUACAGCAUUACUAAAUUCAUUUGCUAAAUUAAAAAUUACAUAUGAGGCAUAUGUUUGUUUAAAAGCAAUUACCCUUCUUCAUUACACUCCACCAUCAAAUUGUAUAAAUAAAAUUGGGACAACAAUUGAUGGUAAUGGACGAAUAAGCCAAAAUUUAAAUAUAAAAAAAGUUAGUAUAAUUCAAGAUCAAUUUGUUAAAGCACUCCAAAUUCACCUAUCCCAAUGUGAGGAUGGUCCCCGGCUGACUGACAUUUUAACAUGGCUUCCAAUGCUUCACCAAGCAUCAUCUGUUCUUCUUCACUCAAAAAUGUUUUAUGUACCUUUCCUAAUUUGUAAAAGUCCACAAUCAAUUGCCGCUAGCUCAAUAAGCAAUGUCAAUACUGAAAGUAUAUCGGAUACAGAUUCAGAAAAAUGA